UGCAGCUGCAGCCACCGAGCCCGAGCUGGGGCCACUAGCGCCGCAUCCUUCUCAACCUGCCAAUCAUACACUUGGGAGAGGAGCUUGUGGCCAGAGGUGUGGCUGUGGAGAGCUGGCCAGGGAGGGACACUGCCCAGCUGCUGCUCUGCUCCUAUCGCUUGUCCCCUCCCCCGGCCAUGACAGAGACCCGUGAACCUGCUGAGACCGGGGGCUAUGCCAGCUUAGAAGACGAAGACGAAGACCUCUCCCCAGGCCCCGAGCACUCCUCAGACUCCGAGUACACUCUCUCAGAACCUGACUCCGAGGAGGAGGAAGAUGAAGAGGAGGAGGAAGAGGAGACCACUGAUGAUCCUGAAUAUGACCCCGGCUACAAGGUGAAGCAGCGCCUGGGGGGAGGCCGGGGGGGCCCAUCCCGCCGGGCCCCCCGAGCUGCCCAGCCCCUGGGCCCCCCAGCCCAGCCCUGCCAGCUCUGUGGCCGCUCACCCCUUGGGGAGGCCCCACCAGGCACCCCACCUUGCCGGCUCUGCUGCCCUGCUCCAGCCCCCCAGGAAGCACCAGCCCCUGAAGUCAGGGCCCUCGGGGAGGAAGAGGAGGAGCUGCCUCGGGCUGGGGAAGGGUCUGGGGAGGUCAGGGGAGCUGGGAGGGAGGAAGAGGAAGAGGAGGAGGAAGAGGGUGCCUACCAGUGCACUGAGUGUGAGGAUUCCUUCGACAGCCUGGGAGAGCUGCAUGGCCACUUCAUGCUUCACGCCAGGGGUGAGGUGUAGGCAGAGCCC